GUGGGAACUGGUUCGGUGAAGUUUCCGACAGUCCGCGAAGGCAACAUGACAGUCCGCUACAGCCAGGAGGAGAGAAGGAAGGAGAUGGCCGACUAGGAGGCAACAUUACCUUCUAUUACUUCGUCGGCCACAUUCCUUUUACUUAACACAUUUUCACAACUGAAGUGGGGGAGAGGACAUUUUUAAUACUUCGCUCCUCGUCCACAAUGGCAGAACAAAACAGCAACGUCAGGUAUCAGGAGCUGGUGAACGAGGAGGAGCCAGCCCAACCAUCCCAGGAGGGUCCUGCCCAUGACGCACCACCACCCUACAGCAGCAUUGCUGCAGCAAAUGCAGCUUUCUUUGAAUAUAAGGAAGACGGAGGAAGAUUUCCCAACCCUCCAUCUUACAGUGUUGCCACCACUCUGCCCUCCUAUGACGAAGCUGAGAGAAGCAAAGCAGAGGCUGCCAUCCCUCUGGUGACUGGAAGAGUCACAGAGGACGACUUUGUGGCCAGAGAUGACUUUGAAGAUGCUGACCAGCUGCGAAUAGGAAAUGAUGGCAUCUUCAUGCUCACUUUCUUCAUGGCAUUCCUCUUCAACUGGAUCGGCUUCUUCUUGUCGUUCUGUUUGACCACAUCAGCUGCUGGUCGAUAUGGGGCCAUCUCUGGCUUCGGCCUGUCCCUCAUCAAAUGGGUUCUUAUUGUCAGGUUUUCUACCUACUUCCCUGGUUACUUUGAUGGGCAGUACUGGUUGUGGUGGGUGUUCCUGGCCCUGGGGUUCAUGUUGUUCAUCAGAGGCUUUGUGAACUACUCCAGAGUGCGUAAAUUGGCUGAUCCCACAUAUGCCACUCUUCCCCGGACAAGGGUACUCUUCAUCUAUUAGAGGAUGGUGGAUGUGGAAGAAGUGGACUUGACCAACACAAGCAGCGAUUUUGUGAGGAGUUUCAAAUUAAACUGAAGACACUUAACCAGAAAUCUGCCAGACAAGUUAUAGGUGAAGACAACUCUCAAUAAAAUAUUCAGGAAUUAUAUCACUUGUUUUAUUUUGUUUUGAAACUUUAUUAAUGGAAAAUGGUUAACAGUAAUAGUCCCUCAGUGUACUCAUUAGUGGCAAAUGUUAAGUGCUAUUUACAUCUCAGUCUGUAAUGUAUAAGUAAUGCCUUAUAUCAUGUGAUGGUAGCAUACGAGCAUGCAUCUGCCCUUAAGGUCAAUAAAUAGGGAGAGUCUCAUGUUGGUGACACCUGAAGCCAACGGGUAUUAAUUAAUACAGAACUCUGUAGACUUCCCAUAGCAUGUAACACACUUUGUAAUCUGCACUAAUCUCACUUCAUGGUUUUAUUGUGACUAUUAUAGGCUGUCUGUAGAUACCACAUACACCUAUAAAGCAAGCUUUCAUUAGGCUGUAAAUGCUAACAUACACAUUUCCACAUAUUUCACUCACCUGUUGGCUUUAAGUAGUGUUGCCCUUUUUUUCAUAGCCAGAAGGGGGCAGUGUUGUUUUCUGCUUUUAGGACUUUAUAAACUGUUCAUCAAUGGCAUUGUCAUGACGUACAUACUUGUGAUGGAAAUACAGUGUCAGUGGAGCACACCGACAUGACACGCAUGUGUCAGAAGUUAUGACUUUUCCUAUUAAAUGUUCGGUUGUACAGUAAAUAAGGUAAAACUAUCCACCUUGGAAAAAAAUAGUUUAAGUUGAGGAUGUGAUCUUAGAUGAUGCUGCAUUUUUCCAUAUGAACAAGCUGCAACUAAAAACCAGAUGGCAACAAAUGUCAAGUAAAUAGCCCCCCGUGGCAGCUCGGCUGACUGCGAGGGGAUGCCCAAUUUUUGCUGACAGCAACCAAGAUCAUUUGUCUGGGCGUUUGAGCUCAUUUUCUGGUUCAUGUCUUUAAAAAGCUCAUCUAGAUGUAACGUCACGACCUUCCCAUACCUCUUCUGUGAGUCAGUGGAGUUGGCAUCUCAUUCACUGUCAAUGAUAAAGCCCUGUGAUUGUAGAAAAGGGUCUCUGGCUGUCUGGAUUUCAGCUCUAAUGAUCUCGCUGAAGCAUUUGGAUCAUAUUAUCUAAGAGCAUAAAAAUAACUCAAAUUCCUUUUCCAAGUGGAUUUUUGCCUCGAGAUUCAACUGACAUAUGGGCAAAAGAAAUCUGAUUUUUAUGGGGGCCGGGUUUUGUUUUUUUUCCUACUUUUUUUUUUUUUUAAUAGAAAAACCUUCAUGAGGUGUAAAAUGUUAGCUAUCUUGUGGGUAUUAAAACUAUAUCAAGGAAUGUUGUAUGCAGGUGCACUUUUGGAAACACAAAUGUUAAAACCCAGAAGACGUUCCCAUCAAGUCUCAGUCAUCUAGAAAAAGAAAUGAAUGACGCAGCGGUACAGGAUUUUGUUUUUGUUUUAUAAUCUGGAGGAAAGAGCAUGUCAGGAUCAUACACUUUUUCAUGAUUCAGUCAUCCGUGUUGUCCAAAGGAGGCGUUAAUAUGGAUUUAAAUCUGGUCCAGCAAACUGAACUGUUUGCCUUAAACAGUUAACUUCAUACUUCUGCCGUGGCUUUGCUACAGACCCAUUACACUUAUUGCUAUGUGAUGUAAAGCUGCAGCCUCGGGGUUUUGUUGUUAUGAAACUGUACAUAAAAUGUUUAGUGUUAAAUAAAUGUCACUUUUAACGCGUCA